GGUACCUCAGCCGUAUAUAAACCCGCAGCGCUUCUCAGCAGGGAGAGGGAGAGAGAAAGAGCUCUCGAGUUCACAAAGAAUCAAAGCAAAGCUGCUGCUGCACAGACUCGGGCAAUAGGGAGACGUGUUUAUAUCCACAGGCUACUCUAGCAUCUCUGAGAAGAUUCUGCAAAAGUAAAAGAAACCUCUCACAAUAUCCCAGCCAUCAAUCAUGAAUGAAAACCGCUUGGCUAUCAACAUUCUGCUCUUGUGUAUAUCCUGUGGAGCAAGUGCACUGGCAGCCUUCAGUCCCACUGCCUCUUCAUCUCUGCCAGCAACCAAUUUCACUGAUAUUGGCUCUGCGCCUCCAAAAUAUCUCACAGAAGCCGCAAACCUUCCCAAAUCCAGACGGAAACGUUAUAUUUCCCAGAACGAUAUGCUUGCUAUACUUGAUUACCAUAAUAAAGUCAGAGGGAAAGUUUUUCCCCCAGCCUCAAACAUGGAAUAUAUGGUCUGGGAUGACACUCUUGCAAAGACAGCUGAGCAGUGGGCGUCCACGUGUGUUUGGGAGCAUGGUCCUCGCAGUCUUCUUAGGUUUCUGGGUCAGAACCUUUCAGUCCGAACAGGAAGAUACAGGUCCAUUUUACAGCUGGUAAAGCCCUGGUAUGAUGAAGUGAAGGACUAUUCUUUUCCCUAUCCUCGAGACUGCAAUCCCAGAUGUCCCCUUAAGUGCUCUGGGCCUAUGUGCACUCAUUAUACACAAAUGGUGUGGGCAACCUCAAAUAAAGUAGGAUGUGCCAUCAACACAUGCCAUAAUAUGAAUGUUUGGGGUUCAGUAUGGAAGAGGGCAACAUACUUGGUGUGCAACUAUUCUCCAAAGGGGAACUGGAUUGGUGAGGCCCCAUAUAAAGUAGGUGUUCCUUGCUCCAUGUGCCCUCCGAGCUAUGGAGGAUCAUGCAGUAACAACAUGUGCUUUCCUGCUGUGAACUCAAAUUACCUGCACUGGUUCAAAUAAACACAGACAGACAGAAUGCACAUGCCCCAUCGCAGAGACACUGUCCCUAAUGGGAAUUUUGCACAACAUUCCUGCAUCACCCUGUUUUUUUUUUUUUAUAUGGGUCAUAUAGGACCAUGGGUUGCAAGGCAGCAUUUUUUUAAAAGACAUGUACAUAACUUAUUUUUCAAUGUUUAUACCAUGUAUUGAUAAUUAUAUUGUUUUGUGUAUAAACCCAAUGGUUUAUUUCCUGAUAGGGACUCUACUGUGAUCUGUCAAGACAUGAUUGGUGCUUACAGUAUUCAACUGUAACUGUACUCAGAGAACACCAGGCGCAAUUGCCAAAACUCCCAUCAGGCUUUGUUGGCAAGUCUUGCAUUGCAAAUUGUUCAGAACUUGUAUGGCUUUCUUUCAUCUGUGUAAGACAAAAGAAGAUAUUUUGUAAAACUAUUCAGCUGUUUUUGUGUACAUUAGGAAAGUCAUAGAAUAAUUUCUCCACCUCCUUUAUGUCCUUUUUGGAGUUUGAAAGUUUUGGAACCCUUUGACUUUAAUUGUACACACAGAAACUGCUAAAACAUAAAUAUCAGAUAUGUUUCUAAAUAUCUUCUUUUGUGUCCCACAGAAGAAAGUCUGUCAUCAUUUACUCAUCCUCAUGUUGUUCCAAACAUGUAUGACUUUUUUUAUUCUGCAGAACACAAAAUGAGAUAUUUUGAAAAAAUGUUGGUAACCAGACCGUUUCGGUUUCCAUUGACUUCCAUUGCAUGGACUAAAAAUACAAUGGGAAGUGAAACUGUUUGGUUACCAGCAUUUUUCUAAAUAUCUUGUUUUGUCUUCUGCAGAAUCAGAAAAAUCAUGCAAGUUUGGAACAAUAUGAGGAUGAGCAAAUGAUGACAGAAUUUUCAUUUUUGGGUGGGCUAUCCAUUUAAAUGCAAUCAAUUUACUUUACUUCAAGCAGCCUGUUUUCUGUGAUGUCAUAUCUAUUAACCCUGGAGGUUGACUUUUGGUGCUUCAGUUUAAAUGUUAAGCUGGCUCUUCUUGAACUGGGCUGGGACACUACAGUACUUCACUGGUUUGAAUACACUUACUGGCAUUCUUGGUAAUGCUUUGCUUUGUGUCUUCCUUUUUGGAAGGUUUCCACAUGCUUUAAGCCUACAGACACAUGCUUGGGGCUUAGAAAUCAUGGAAUGUUGCUUAGGUAAAAGCUCUGCAUUUUGCAACCCCAGAAUGAGAUGACUAAUCAUGCUGUACCCUCAUGAAAUGUUGACGUGGAUGAACAUGGAAACAUGUCUGAUGUGUAAGUGCACCUUAAAAUGUUAUUGAAAUGUGUUUUUAUUUAGAAAGCACUCAUAGUUGGUGAUUUUUAUCAUUUGUGUGUACAUUUAUUAUGAUUUCAGCAGUAUAGUGUCUACAGUGCAUGCAUAACAGUGGCACAAUAUUGCAUUGUAUUGCAGUGUGUAGAUUUCACUUUUUAAACUGCAUCACACAAGCACUUAGGGAAUCUACCAGGCAGUACUCUGCAGUAAUCUGGACAUGGAGGAGGGGAUAUAAAGAGCUAUUUAUCCAUUUUCCCCCAUAGAUUCAGCAUGGUCAACAUGACUUCAUUUAUUGAAAUGGUAUUUUCUGUUAAGCUCUUUUCUAUAAAAUAUUAUUUUAGUUUUGUCUUAGACUGCAUCUCUUAUUGAGCUAAUGUCUUUGCAGACCUCCUUUUUUCAAAUGUGCUAAACAAGGUAUGGUGCUGGAUUUAAUGAGCAUAAUGUAAAUGUGUAUUUGAACCUAUUGUUAACACUUCAUAUACAGUACAUGUAAUGGCAACUGUAUUUCAGAAACACUUUAUUUAUCAUUUGAAAUAAGCUGUAUAUAGCCUUUUUAUACAGUGUUUUUUUAUAUAUAUAUAAAUUUUGUUAUUUAAACUUGUCAUUUUGUGCCUCACUGCAAAGCUACAACACUGUUCAAAAGGUUGGGGUCAGUAAAAUGUUAAGAAAUUAAUACUUUCAUUCAGCAAGGGUGCAUUAAAUUGAUCAAAAGUGAGAGUAAAUUCAUUUAUAAUGUCAC